GCGACUACAUCUUUCAUUUGGGCGGUAGACAUCAGUAGUGCAAGACAAGAGUGCUGUAUGUGCCACAAUGAUCGGAAGACUGACUGCUUUGAUUCUACUUUGUACUGUGUACCUGAUUCAAACUGCAGAGCUUCCUCACCAGAUCUCUACAACUGUGGUUGAAGUUGGUGGAAAUAUUACUUUACACUGUCCAUUUUCUGAGGGGGAUGGACAAUCAGUGUACUGGUACAAGCAAUCUCUUGGAUAUUUGGCCCAAACAGUCUUUGCUGUUAUUGGUGGCAGAAUAACACCUAGUGAACAACUCAACAACCCACGGUUCACAGCAACACAAGAGGAUACUCAGUAUGUUCUUACCAUCACAAAUGUCAGCAAAGAGGACGAAGCAACAUACUUCUGUCUCAUUGGAGGGACGUAUUCACAGAGUUUUGUUAAUGGCAUCUUCUUGGCUGUGAACGAUCGUAAUCAGCAGAAGACUUUCUACGUGAAACAAAGUCCGGAGACUGAGUCGGUAAAGCCGGGCGACUCAGUGACUCUCCAGUGUUCACUUCUCUCCAAGAACAAAGAAAACGCAGAUCAGUGUCCAGAUGAACACAGCGUGUACUGGUUCAGAUCUGGAUCAAGAGAAUAUCAUCCAGGCAUCAUUUACGCUCACAGUGAUGAAGAAGAGGAAAAACGUUGUGUCUACAGUCUGUCCAAAACUAUACAGAGCUCCUCUGAUAAUGGGACUUACUACUGCGCUGUGGUCACAUGUGGAGAGAUCCUGUUGGGCGAAGGAACUAAAGUGGAGACAAAAAAUGAUUGCCAUUCGGGAUCAGAACUGGACCCAGUUGUCCUUGCGCUUGGAGUCCUGUUGGCCUGCUGUGCCAUUGUGAUUGUCGUCCUUAUUUUCUAUGGAAAUCGAACGAAAGUUUGCGAACAUUGCAAAGCACCAGUGAGUGCUUCCCAUCAUCUUGGACAAGAUAGGACAACUGUGGAUCUGUCAAAUGAUCUGGAUGGAGGACUGAACUAUGCAGCAUUGGAUUUCUCCACAAGGAAAGUGAAAAGAGGGAAGAGGAAGACGAGAGAGUCGCCACAAGAGUGUUUGUACUCUGCUGUUAGAGCAGAUAACCACAACCAGCAACACACCUCUCUAUAGACCGAGCACAGCCUGUGCAAAGAUCCCCAAGUCUCUACAGAGAGCUUCAGCUUGGGUGUGUGUGCACACGUAUAGCUUUUUAUUCCUAACUGACAUCCAGUAGUGAUGGGAAGCAGUUGUGUAUCAGAAUGAGUAUACUUUCUAAAAAAAAAGGUUUGCAGCCUGAUUUAGUGAGAGAGCACCAGAUGUUCAGUUGCUUUGUGCCUGUACUUCUGUACGGUGACAUAAAGGUCAACAUGUCUGUGGACCUGUGUUUGCUUUUGUUGUUUUGUUGACCUAAAACAGUAUACUUUAUAUCUAUAUUGUCUUCUCAUAUGAAAUAACAGCAUUUUCACUCAUCACAAAUGCUACAAGAAAAAAAAAGGAUAAUUAUAGUUUGCUUCUCAGUAUGUCUGGUUUUCUGUCCAGGUCUAGUUCCACCUCUGCUCCCCUCAGAUUAAAGAGGUAGCAUUUCUUUGUAUGAAAAAAAGACAGAUGAAAUGACCAUCUUGAGAUGGGAUCACACCAGCCAAGAUGCCAAAUCGGGCCAGGUGGGGGGCCUCUUCCCCACCUCCGACCCUCUUCUUUCAGUGUCUUUGCUUGGACCACACCCAUCUUCAAACUCAGCCUUCAUUUUGAUCUCAACCUUCAAGUUUCGUGACUGCAUCUUGCACAGUUGUGACGCUAUCACGGCGACAAACUCUGUCCACAGACAGAAGUAUAAACACCUGGUGACUCACACACACAGACUCACAAGGUGAAAUCAUUAACAGCGUCACUGUCGUUGCUGGUAAUCAACAUGCAAUGAUGAGCUAUCUCCUUUUACCUGAAGUAAACUAAGCUGCUCUGCUAAUCACCAGCCACGGCAGCAUGUGGCUGGUAUUGUUUUCACCUUGUGAGUCUGUGUGUGUCAUCAUGGCGAUAUGUGAUCUUGGAGAUGCCUACUGUAGCGGGAACUACCACAGAAAAGGUUUUAAGUACUUUGCCAGGUGUUUAUAAGUCUUGUCUGAUAGAUUUGGACGGUAUCAUAAGAUUGAUUUCUGAUUUCUUGCUAUUAUUAUAUUGUUUGAGUCCUGAGUUGAUUUUCUAUUUGUGUAGUUGCAUAUUUGUUGUUUUCCAGGUGCAAAUGUGAGUACAAUGCUUAUAUGUGAUGUGCUGAUGGCAAUGAAGAACGUUAAUUUGUACUGAAUUAAGAAAUUUGGAUUUUAUGUGUUAACAGAUCAGUUUUGUAAAGUAAGAUGCAUCCUGCAGUGAUUGAAACUGAAGGUCUUUUCAAAGUUAACACACACUGUAUGUACUGUAAGAAAACAGGUGUUCAUUUCUAUUUAAAAUUUCAUUGUAGAUGUGGUAUCUUUUGUCAUAAUAUAAGUUUGUUUACUAAGAAAGGAAACAAUACGUGCACACAAAUAUAAAUUCCUUUUAGUACAAUUGUACUGACCUCUUCUCACCGCUCUUUCAAAAUGAAUCUUC